AUGAAGUUCCUUCCUAUCGCUAUCCUCUUCGGCUGCUCCGUCGCCCAAAACCUCAAGAUCCCGUCCCGAGUCGGCAAUGUCGUGGCCCUGAGCAAGCCUAGCGUCAUCCCCAAGGGAAAGACCGUGAACCUCGGAAAUAAGGAGUUCGACCGUGGCAUGGCCUGCAAGGAUGGUGACACCGGUUCUGACAACGCUGUCUUCAUCUUGGAGGACGGUGCUACCAUCGAGGAUGUCAUCAUCGGCCCCAAGCAGCUCGAGGGUAUUCACUGCAAGGGCAAGUGCACUAUCCGCAGGGCCUGGUUCCGUGAUAUCUGCGAGGAUGCCAUCUCCAUCCUCGGCACCGGCAACGCUCUGAUUGAGGGUGGCGGUGCCCAGAACGGUGAGGACAAGGUCAUCCAGCACAACGGUGCCGGUACCGUUACCAUCAAGGACUACACCGUCGACAACGUCGGCAAGGUGUACCGCUCUUGCGGAAACUGCUCCAACAACAAGUCCAAGUCUCCUCGCAAGGUCAUCAUCACCAACCUCAGGGCCACCAACGUCAAGACCAACAUCGCCGGUAUCAACAGCAACUACGGUGAUCAGGCCACUAUCUCCGGCUCCUGCGGCACCAACAAGGGCGAUGUCUGCCAGGAAUUCGCCGGCAAGGAGAAGAGCGAGGGCGGAGGCGACUCUAAGAAGCUCACCACUAAGGGUAGCUGCCUCGGUGCCCAGGGCAAGCUCAUCACUCUUCCUAGGUGCUAG